GCUCAGGGAAGGAGACCUCCCUCUUCUCUUUCCUUCUCCGGCUUUCUCCAUUCUCGAUCCCAGUUACAAAACUCCUCGUCGUCCGGGGACGGCUUGCUGGGCGAAGAUCAUGGUGCCCGAGCUGGAGAAAGCGACCGUCCGAAUGAAGGAUCCUGAACGCGUAAAAAAUGUAAUUUCAGCCCUCAGAAAAGGUGGGGUAGGAAAAUUGCAGGUCAUUUCCGAUUUUGACAUGACUCUGACUCGGUUCGGGUUCAACGGUCGACGCUGCCCUACUUCUUACAAUAUCAUAGAUAACAGCCGGGUCAUCAGCGAAGAAGGCAAAAAAAAGCUAAAAGAUCUGCUCCAUCAUUACUACCCUAUUGAAAUUGAUCCUUACCGGACCAUGGAGGACAAGUUGCCCCUCAUGAUAGAAUGGUGGACUAAGGCCCACGACCUCCUGGCCCAACAGAAGAUAAAGAAAAGCGAUAUCGCCCAGGUUGUGAAAGAGUCGGAUGUCAUGCUCAGAGACGGCUUCAACAUCUUAUUUGACCAGCUUCACCAGAACAAAGUACCCCUCUUCAUCUUCUCGGCAGGUGUGGGUGAUGUGCUAGAGGAGAUUAUUCGCCAGGCUGGGGCGUUCUAUCCCAAUGUCAACGUGGUCUCCAACUACAUGGAUUUUGACGACAGCGGAGUUCUGCGAGGUUUCAAAGAGCCCCUCAUCCACACCUACAACAAAAACAACACGGUCCUGAAGGAUACAGAGUAUUUCCAGCAGCUGUGCACAAGGACAAACAUCUUACUCCUUGGAGAUUCCAUGGGCGAUCUCAGUAUGGCAGAUGGUGUCGUUGAUGUGGAGAACAUCCUCCGGGUUGGCUUUCUGAAUGACAGGGUGGAGGAACAGCGGGGGAAGUACCUUGAAGCCUAUGAUAUUGUGCUGGAGAAAGAUGAAACGUUGGACGUGGCAAAUGGCAUCCUUCGUUUUGUUUUGGCCGAAACAGCCCAAGCCACACAGCCCACUUGUCCUUGACAAGCUGCCAAGAUACUCCCUCCUCCAUUUCUUACUGCCCUUUGCUAUGCCAUAGACACAUACCAGUUCUCCCCGUUUCUUGCCAUUGUCAGUAUCCUAGAUCAUUAAAACUGAGCCGAGCUGA